CCCAGCGUUGUCUGUCAGAACUGAGGCGAGCUGUCAAAGUGUGGCGCUACAAAAACAUUAACGUUACUACAGUUAUCACGACGUGGCAGCCGUCCGAAGCAACCCCGUUAUUAACCAUUUUCAAAUCAGUGCGUUUGUACAUAUCAGUUAUAUAAAAUAAAUAAUAAACCCGGCGAUGAUGAGGCUGCAUUUCACAGUGGCUCUCUGCGGAGCAUGUCACUGAUCCUGUUUGCCUUUGUGGCUCGGGCCAGGGAUGGACUCCCUCUCUCGGCUUCCACGGACUUCGAGCACAACCAGGAGCUGCAGGAGCGCAAGCACCAGCUGAGAAUGCUGUCUAAGUGCCUGCCACUUUGCCCAGAGAGAGGGACAAUCAAGGGCCAUGAUCUCAACAUAUACUUCACCUCCGCAGAAGGAGUCUCCUACAUGGCCAUUUGCUCCAGCAGACUCCCCAUCGCCACGGCCUUCUGCUUCCUGGAAGAUCUCCGAUGGGAGUUCACAGCUUGCUUUGACAGUGCUACGGUCGCGCUGGCAAACAGACCGUAUCCGUUUUUGGAAUUUGACAGCAUCAUCCAGAAAGUGAAGCAACAGUACAGCCAGGCCGGAGGCCCCCGCAAUGGCACCCGCCUGGCCAAGGUGCAGGAGGAGCUGAAGGCCCGACCGCCCAGGCUCCUCAGUUUUGAGGAGAUGAUGCAGAGCAAUGGGGAAGCUAAUGGCCAUGUGGACCCGGUGCCAGGAUGUGGCCUGAGUCCCAGACUGGAACCUGUGACGGCCCCCGGGAUCCUCUCCUUGGUUCUCAAUAUCAUGUGUGCAUCCCUGAACCUCAUUCGAGGUGUACACCUCAUCGAGUACACCUUCCAGGACGAUUAUGAAGGAAUCUGGAAUGUUAUAGCAUUUCUUACGGCGUUCACCUGCUGUCUUUGUCAGUGCUACCUGUACUUGUUCUACACAUCACUGAAGAAGCCGAAGACAUUUUCCCUGCUGACGCUAAUCAUUCUAUGCAACGUAUAUCUGUACGGCCUGAGGAAUGUCUGGCAGCUGAUCUUCCACAUAGCAGUGGCAACCCUUUCCACCUAUCUCACCCUGUCAAGGGGACUCCUCGAUAGGAUGAUGGACUGCGGAGUCUGAUACAGAACACUGCAAAGUCACACGCAGUCACACCAAGUUGGACACAUGCCUCGGACAGGAAGCGGUAUCGCAACAUCUUUCUUUUUUGUAAUUAUAUAUUUCUAUAUUUUUAACUGCCAAGUUAUGUCAAGAAGAAGAAGCCCAUUCUGUAUGUAUGUAUUAGAAUAGAGUAAAUUCAGCUUAAAGAUUUUAUGUGGAGUUUUCUAGGCCUUUAGGGAUACAUUAGAAAAUUCACAUGAUUUUAUCUUAUUUAUUAGUCUUGUUUAAAGCUCCUUUUUUAAGUUUGAUAUAAAUCUAAAGGUUUAAGUAGUGUACCACUGAAGUAUAUAUUGACUGUGUGUGUGGUGGUGCUUUUCCACUGGCAUACAGAAACCGAGCCGAACCCAAGCCGUACAGAAGUCAUAUGGUGAAGAGAGACUAGUUACAGCACAGUUCCAGCUCACUGUGGUUUUCCAUUGCCAAAGGAUCAACUUGGUAAAGGCAAUGCCGGGUUUGGAGAACUACAGCAGUGUAAAACCGAAUAGAUGCUUUAUUGUUCACACAGUGUACGUCACGAUUUACUAUGUCCUAAUUUCUGCUAGCAAGUCUGUGACAAUCCUCAUCAUCUUCUUUUUUUUAGAAUUGCCAUCUUAGGUUAGCAUCAAAUGCUAACAGAAUUAGCGUUUGUUUGCAUAAAUUUGCAUUACGAAUCCAUUCCUUUGAGCUGUUUAACAGUACUUUCUAAGUAGGUUGUGGAAGAUUUUCAAGUUCAUUGAUAUCGGGAAUGCAUUAAUACUUGGCAAUGUGCGAUGCUACUAAUAAUGAAUAAUAUAUAGAAUGUUUUUCCUUUUGAUAAUCGAUGCAUAUUGAUACAAUACCUACAAAGGAAAACCAUCAGUUUGCAGUGUGGCUCGGUUCUUGGUGGCAGUGGAAAAACCCCAUAAGUGUCUGUCCUACAAAUGAAGUGAUUUUGCCCCCAACAGGAAUAAUUCAAAUUUUCGUUUGUGUGGAAUCAUAGGCAAUAGGGGGAGAAUUUCAAAAAUGAAGUUCUUGAAAUUGGGGGCGAAAUGGGACAAAUGAUUGUUAAAAUGGUCGUCGUCAAGAGAUGAAUUUUGAAGGAUGUUCUAGAAAGUUCUAGAGCAGAGGCAUUCAAACAGUGGGCGUAGGUGAGGGAACAAAACAGAACUGUAAACCUGUUUCAGAAAUCGCAACCUUUGCAAGUAUUAAAAAUGUGAACACAUUAUAUGCCACUAAAAAACAGCAAAUUAAAAUUAUUCAGUUUUAGAUAAUGUAUAUAAGCGCUAGGAAGGCCUUGUCAAAAAAAGGUUUGAAUAUCACUGUGCUAGAGUGAGGUUUGACUGACACAAGGCAAAUGUUUGUACGGAGGAUCAGCAUUUAUGACCAAAAGACUGACUGCUAAUGUGUCAGAGGUCUCCUUCCAGUGUAGGACAGGGGCACAAUGUGGCAGGGUUAACUUCGCAGGGUGGGGGGUUGAAACUCAAUAAGGUUGACUCAUUAACUGACUGAAAACACUGGAAAAACUAACCAAACACCCUUACAACUUAAAAAAAACAACCAAAAACACAUCUCAUAGGAACCACAGUACAGGAUUGCCCUCCAGAAUUUGCCUGGCUGACACUAUAAAACCCUAAAAGGGCAAUUAGCCCAAUUAGGGCCAGCUGGGUUUCAUUAAACUGUGGGUCUUUGAUAGUUUGCCAUGGUAAAUCUAGCUUGUGUCAUUGGUGCACGCCCUGCUUGCUUACAUUUUAUUUUAAAAGUUUAAAAUGUAUCAUUUUCUACUUAAACUGCACACAUCCAUUUUGGCACAAAGGAAUACUUGUAAAAAAUCCUUUAACAAAUUGAACCGAUGUCAUCUUUAAUUGAUUUAACAUAUUUCCACAGUUUUAUUUAAAUAAAACUAUUUUACUCAUUUAAACCAAACCAAAAUUUCAUACUCCUUUGUGCCUGUGUACAGACAUUAGUUGAACCCUCUGCAAUUGAACUGCGGACUUGCAGCAUGUAUGAUAAACAAGUGUGUACAUCAAUGGUUUCACUUACCAUUGCACAUAUAGUACUGUGUGUAAGUUUUAAGGCAGUCAUAGAAAAUGUUAAAGCCAUUACACUUGCUCAAAAAACAGCAUUUAACAAGAGAAUAUAUGCAACUAAACAGUAACACAAUGAAAAUGAAAAAAUUUUCUGUUCUCCAAAAAGUGACUGAUAUCUUGCUGGAUGAGCACCGCUUCAGUUCCCUAACCUCUCCUCAGGGGCACGGUAGCUGUUACAUAUAUUAAUUCAUUUUUACCAUCAGCUCAAUAAAUUCAUUAUUUAACUAAUAAUAUGUUAAUAAUGUGAUUAGCCAAACAAGGUGUUCUAGUGCUUGAGUCAAAAAAUACAUGGGUGUAUUGGAUGGUUGUUGUGAAUAAUCUGGUGAUUUUAUGAGAGGUUUUUAAAUGGCUAAACUGACAUAAUUUGGCAGACAUCAUAGUUCUACACCAACAAAGAGAUGAUUUUCUUUGCCUGUUUAAGGCUUUUGCACAGUACUAUAUGCUUUGUGGAAUUAUACUAUUUUUUCAUUGAACUGAUCUGUGGAUGGAAAUUUCACUUUUCCCUGUAUGAUUUUCAGAAACAAAAUAAUGUCUUAGGCGUUAGUCGUUGUGUUACAGUGUAAAUUCCAGUACUUGGCCAGGUCCAUCACAGCAUCAUAAUAAGCCGUGGUAGUAAAACAAAAGUAAAGCAAAAGGUAAUGGAAACAAAUGGAAUGUUCUAAGCAUGGUUUUUGGUACAUUUUUGGUGAGUAUAUACAUUUUGAAGAUUUUGACAUGCAUAAAUGAAAAACCAUUGCUUCUGAUUUACAAACCAACAACUUAGGUUUGUAAAUACCAAGUCAUGCUUAUUUAUUAGAUAUCCAGCAUAAAUCGGCACCCCAUGAUAAGUUAGUUGUGUAAUUUAGAGGGAUUUUAGCAACUUCAUCUAGGCAUUGUACACAUUUUUGUUAUAUAAUUGAUGAUGUCAAAAGUAAUACUGAAUGUGAGCAUAGGCAAUGAUAAAUUUGUUUAAAACAUUGUGUCUGAUGCACUGAUACAGUCAAUUUAACAGGAAUGAAAUUAUAAAAAAAAAAAAUGUUUGGAUGCCUGUGAAGAAAUGUACAUGAUAUCUUAUGGAAUGUAGAUUUAGAUUUGUGUGUUUCAUACUUGGACAAGAAUGUAUGCAUUUUUUAUUGGUUCUGAACAAAGAAAAUCUAUGUGAAAUUCAAGGGCUUUAUUUGUAUGAAGUGGAUUAAAAAUGUAUAUAUUUUUUCAGGAUAAUCAGUGAAUCGAGUUGUUAGAACAUUGAAAAUCAUUGUUUACACACACAUGUUGUGUACAAGUUUUGUGUACAUUAUUGAAUUGGAGGGAACAAAAUCUAAACAACAGGCGAACUCUCCAGCCCUAGGAAAAUCCAGUUCAUGUGGGUUUUGUUGAUUGUAUAGAGUUUUUUUUUUCCUACCGAAGGUUUUUAGAUCGUAAUCUGUGUUUGCACUAUUGACAGUUAUAUAAUAAAAGAUCACACAAAUGAUGUAUCACAUUGACUGUAAAGCAAGCUGAUUAAUAGUUAUGUUGAGUCACUGAUGUGGCUAGCCGAUGCUAUGUAAUGCUUUUUGCCUGUUUAUUUUUUAACCUAUUUAUACCUCUGUUUGAAUCGAAAUCCCACUGUGUUUACAAGCUAGUACUUGCAGAUUAACGCAAGGCGUCAGAAAAUGCAAUGCCAGUUUUGAGCAUAUACAUGACUUCAAAAUUCAGAUUUUUUUCAAAGCACCCUAUUUAAGAAAUAAAUUCCAGGUUUACUAGAUUCAAAUACUGAUUUGACCGCGGCUCUUGCAGGCCAGAUGUCUGGACCAGCUGACCUACAGUAUGACCUCCAAAAGGAACUUAAACGUAACGCAAAUUCCGAGCCGUAGCUACGCUGGUUAAAAUAAGUAGGCGUGUGUGUCUAUCUCACUGCGUUAACAUUAUGUUCAUGUUGCUGUUAUGGACAGCUACUCUCAGCUGAGUCACAGUGCUGUGCCCUGCUUAUCUGCCAAGCUGCUUUGCUGAGUUGCAGCAUAUUUGUUUGGUGUACAUUGUUAAAUUGUGCACAAACUUGUUUGUAAUUGUCAAACUGAUGCAGACAGCUGUACUUGGAGCUUUAAUGUUAAUAUGAAAUAAAACAUCUUUUUGCUACUUAA